AUGACAAAAUCACCAAACUUCCUUAUUAUUGUCGCAGAUGACUUGGGCUGGUCAGAUGUUGGAGCUUUCGGUUCAGAAAUCAACACUCCUAAUCUGGAUACUCUAGCCAAAGAAGGCCUUCGGUUUACAGAUUUUCAUACAGCAUCGGCUUGUUCACCUACGAGGUCAAUGCUCUUGUCUGGGACGGACAAUCACCUUGCCGGUCUAGGUCAAAUGGCAGAAUUUGCGUCCCGAAUGCAUCAAUGGGACGACUAUCCAGGAUACGAAGGUUAUUUGAACUGGAGAGUUGCAGCUCUACCUGAAAUAUUAAAAGAAAAAUACGAUAAUAUUAUUUCUGGAAAAUGGCAUUUGGGAUUGACGAAAGAGACUUCUCCUUCAGCUCGUGGUUUUGAAAAAGUAUUUUCCUUACUUCCUGGUGCUGGUCAUCAUUACAAAGACUAUAAACCUUCAGAUGAUACUUACAAAGAGAAGGGAGAUGAUUUAAAGAAAUUACUUCCUUCUCUGUAUAUGUCUGGAAACGAAUUUAUUGACGCUGAUAAAGAGCUACCAGAAGAUUUUUAUUCUUCAGAUUAUUUCACAACCAAACUAGAAGGCUUUCUUAAUGAACAUUAUAGCAAAGACAAGGAUAGACCAUUCUUUGCCUACCUUCCGUUUACCGCUCCUCACUGGCCUUUACAGGCACCUCGUCAACUCAUUGAAAAGUAUGCUGGUAGAUAUAACCAAGGUCCAGAUGCCUUGCGUCUAUCUAGACUAAAGAAACAAGAAAAUCUCGGCUUAUAUAGUAGCAUACGAGAUGGUCCUCCUGCUGAAGUUUCUACUGGGGAUGAAAAAGAGUGGUCAGAAAUGAGAGAAGAAGAGCGAAAAUUUAGUUCCAAGACAAUGGAAGUUUACGCGGCAAUGGUCGAACGAUUAGAUUGGAAUGUCGGAAGAAUCAUUCAAUACUUAAAAGAAAAAGGAGAAUACGACAACACAUUUGUUUUAUUCAUGUCAGACAAUGGUGCUGAAGGUGCCAUACUUGAAAAUGUACCUCUACGAGGUGGAAAAGUUUCUGAUAUCAUUCGUCAAAGGUAUGAUAAUUCUUUGGACAAUCUUGGAAACAGAAAUUCAUUUACAUGGUACGGACCAAGAUGGGCGUUGGCAGCCACGGCUCCUUCAAGAGACUUUAAGUCUUAUAUAUCCGAAGGUGGAAUCCGUUGUCCACUCAUUGUUCGAUUUCCUCCUAUUAUUCAAAACCCUGGUAGUAUCUCUCAUACCUUUACUACCGUUAUGGAUAUUACACCAACUGUCCUUGAGCUAGCAGGUAUUGAGCACCCAUAUCCUCGAUACGCUGAAAGGGAUGUUCUACCAGUAAGAGGUAAAUCUUGGGUAAAGCAUCUCGCAACAGGAACUUCUGUAUACAAUGAAGAGCUGGACUUUACGGGUUGGGAACUUUUUGGGCAACGAGCAAUACGACGCGGACCUUGGAAAGCCAUUUAUGUUCCCGUAUCAAGCGCCUUUUUUUAUUUAUCUCAAAAAUUGAGGGAUGGACGACGUGGUGAUUCGAAGUGGAAGCUCUAUAAUAUCAAAGAAGAUCGUGCUGAAUCAAACGACCUUUCUGAGAGUAGGCCAGAUAUACUGCAGGAACUGAUUAAUUACUGGACUUUGUAUGUCAGUGAAACAGGACUGAUUCCUGUCAUUGAAAACUAG